CUUGCUCGCAUGCUGGUGCGCAUGCCAGACAAACAGACAGGUGGCGCACCUCGUCAUAUCACAAUCGCUGACACAGCGAUCCGGAUAUAUCGAGAGAGGCAUCAAUCAUAAGCUAGUGAGAGGGGCUUGUGAACGCCUGGACAAUAUGGUGAUGUGGGUCCUAGAGGCAACGAUGGGGCUCAGAGAUACCGAAGACGAAGAAGUGUUCUUCCAAGACAACCGCCAGCCUGACCGCUUCAAGUUAAAGCCCUAUCAACAAGCCCAGGCGCGCCUGUCGACAGGAGCCGGAGGACUAGGAUCACAGGCAGCCGUUAUGCGAAGGUUCUCAGCUUCUCUGGGUAACCUAGUCGGCACCCUUCCUGCGGUUAUAGCCGCGUUACGGGGUCCAUUGGGAGAGUCGGUGAGAGUUCGGAUACCGGGAACCGUGUUGGUGGAGCGGAUGGGGGACGCUAUCAAAGAACUCAACCAGGAGCAUGGAGUAUCGGUGGAGAUUCUGAAGGGGAUCCUUCCCCCGUCAUGGGUUGAGUGGGCCUUAGAACCGCCAGGAGAAACCGGAAAGCGCCAGCCCACCGUUGCAGAACUGGCAGCACACGAUGGGGAAUCCACUACGCCGAGGAAAGCCCAGCACAAACUGGGCAAGGCGGUUAACACGAUACAACUUGAAAAGUUCAUGGAGUCUCUGGAGCACCUCCCUCAGGAGGCGGUACCACCAAACCUGAAACCUGAGCACAGUCACUCACCGGUUAGGUCGUUCAUAUCAAGGAAAGACAAGCUAUUUUCUGGCUUCUAG